GUACAGAACAUGAAAGGCCAAUAUGAUUCUUUUUGUCUCCUCAUCUUUAUAUAAGAGGUGCUAAUGGCAAAACUAACAUCAAACCAAUAUCCCGGCUCAGCAUAUUUCAUCAAGCUAUUCUCUUUAUCCAAUAUAUAACAUGGAUGCCUUUAAUGCAACCACGAAAAACAUUGGCCAUUCUCGUUCAAUCAGCUUACCGUCCAUACCACACCCUUCAGCCGCAAAUGUUGAGGAGUUUUUGUGCAGGCUAAGGUCGUCAGAAGCCACAUCCACUUCAUCACUAUGCAAUAAAUUAAAUGGCCUUAAAGACUUGUAUGAAUGUCUUAAUGAUUUGGUUCAAUUACCAAUAAUGAAUUCUGGCGAUUCUGAGGAGGUCCUUGGUGCAUCUAUUAGGCUGUUGGAUUUGUGCAACACAACAAAAGAUGCAUUUUCACAAAUGAGAGCCUCAGUGCAAGAUCUUGAGUCAGCUCUUCGAAGAAGAGAAACUGAUAUGUCAAGCAAACUCAGAAGCUACUUGAUAUGUAUGGAAAAGGUCAACAAAAUGGUUUCUAAAUGCCUGGAUAAUUUGAAGAUAUCACAAAGUAAGAAAAGCAAUCUGACUUCUACUGCUGUGAGCCUCCUGAGAGAAGUAGAAGAAGUCAGCGCAGCUAUGUUUCAGUCCAUUUUUUCAUCAGCUAAACAAAAUCGGUGGUCUUUGGUUUUCAAAUCAACGCAAUCCAAACGUGUACACGAAGUCAGUGAAGGCAAUAGCAAUGAAGCUCAGAAAAUGUUAAUGGAUAUUAAAGCAAUUUACAAGCAGAAGAUAGACGUGCAAUCUGAUUUCUCGAUGAUCCAAGAAACACAGAAGGGUUUGAUGGCACUUGACAUGAACUUGCAACAAUGUGAGGAGGACUUAGACUGUAUCUUUAGAUCUUUGAUCAAGACUAGAGUCUCUAUUCUCAAUGCCCUCAACCAUUAGCCUCGAUUUGUGAAUAUUCAUUUUGUAGUAGGAUUACAUAGCAUCCUUUAUCUUUUAACGAGGGAUCUGUGUUUUGUGAAUGAUAUGUAAAGAUAUUAUUACAGCAGUAUACUGAGA